CCUUCCUGCCUUGGUGACGUCCCCCAACCGCUCGCAAAAAACCAACCGGUUUUGCGGUCUGACCAGCGGCCCUGCUCCGCUGCGAGGCGGGCGAAAUUGCUCGUUCUUGAAUAAUGCGGUGACCGGAGGCCCCUGUGUGCGGUGUGGGUAUUUGGAGAGAGUGCGGGCCUGGUUCUGAAAUCUAGUCCUGUUGGUCUGAGGGCUGCGAGCCCCCUGGAGUUUUCUCAUCUUGCUCUGCUGCUUUGUGCUGCAGAGAAUGUUACAAGUCUUAAGAACUCAGGACAAGCAGCAGACAUACAUGCAACAUGGUGACUGGAACCCUAAGGAAUCUACAAUAUGAAUAAUUCUCUGGAGAACACCAUCUCCUUUGAAGAAUAUAUCCGAGUAAAAGCGCGGUCUGUCCCACAACACAGGAUGAAGGAAUUUCUGGACUCACUAGCCUCUAAGGGGCCAGAAGCCCUUCAAGAGUUCCAGCAGACGGCUACCACUACCAUGGUCUACCAGCAGGGUGGGAACUGCAUUUACACAGACAGCACCGAAGUGGCCGGGUCAUUGCUUGAACUGGCCUGUCCAGUCACCACCAGUGUUCAGCCACAGACCCAGCAAGAACAGCAGAUCCAGGUUCAGCAGCCACAGCAGGUUCAGGUACAGGUGCAGGUCCAGCAGUCUCCGCAGCAGGUCUCGGCUCAGCAGCUCUCCCCACAGCUUACCGUUCACCAGCCUGCCGAGCAGCCCUUCCAGGUGCAGGUGCAGAUCCAAGGCCAAGCGCCACAGCCGGCGGCCCCUUCCAUCCAGACCCCAUCUCUGCAGAGCCCCAGCCCCUCGCAGCUGCAGGCGGCGCAGAUCCAGGUGCAGCACGUGCAGGCGGCCCAGCAGAUCCAAGCUGCGGAGAUCCCGGAGGAGCACAUCCCCCAUCAGCAGAUCCAGGCGCAGUUGGUGGCUGGCCAGUCUCUUGCUGGGGGUCAGCAGAUCCAAAUCCAGACUGUGGGUGCCCUUUCUCCACCACCGUCUCAGCAGGGCUCACCUCGGGAAGGGGAGCGACGGGUUGGCACAGCCAGUGUUCUCCAGCCAGUGAAGAAGCGCAAAGUGGACAUGCCCAUCACUGUGUCCUAUGCCAUCUCAGGGCAGCCAGUGGCCACUGUGCUGGCCAUUCCACAGGGCCAGCAGCAGAGUUACGUCUCUUUGAGGCCAGACUUACUGACAGUGGACAGUGCCCACCUGUACAGUGCCACUGGGACCAUUACUAGCCCUACAGGAGAAACCUGGACCAUCCCUGUUUACUCUGCCCAGCCCCGGGGAGAUCCUCAGCAGCAGAGCAUUACGCACAUCGCCAUUCCCCAAGAAGCCUACAACGCAGUUCACGUCAGUGGCUCACCCACGGCCUUGGCAGCUGUAAAGCUGGAGGAUGACAAGGAGAAGAUGGUGGGCACCACGUCUGUAGUGAAAAACUCCCAUGAAGAGGUAGUGCAGACCCUUGCAAACUCUCUCUUUCCAGCACAGUUCAUGAAUGGCAACAUCCACAUUCCAGUGGCUGUGCAGGCUGUGGCAGGCACAUACCAGAAUACAGCUCAGACUGUCCAUAUAUGGGACCCUCAGCAGCAGCCACAGCAACAGACUCCCCAGGAACAGACGCCCCCGCCGCCUCCGCCACCGCAGCAACAGCAGCAACAGCAGCAGCUCCAGGUUACUUGUUCAGCUCAAACUGUUCAGGUUGCUGAAGUUGAACCCCAGUCACAGCCACAGCCUUCUCCAGAACUUCUGCUUCCAAAUUCCCUGAAGCCAGAAGAAGGGCUCGAAGUGUGGAAAAACUGGGCCCAGACCAAGAAUGCUGAGCUAGAGAAGGAUGCUCAGAACAGACUGGCGCCCAUUGGGAGGCGCCAGCUUCUGCGAUUCCAGGAAGAUCUCAUCUCUUCUGCUGUGGCUGAGUUGAAUUAUGGGCUCUGUCUAAUGACACGAGAGGCUCGAAAUGGUGAAGGUGAACCCUAUGACCCGGAUGUACUCUACUAUAUUUUCCUGUGCAUUCAGAAGUAUCUUUUUGAAAAUGGACGGGUUGAUGACAUUUUCUCCGAUCUUUAUUAUGUUCGAUUCACGGAGUGGCUACAUGAAGUUUUGAAGGACGUUCAGCCCCGAGUCACUCCACUUGGCUAUGUCCUGCCCAGCCACGUGACUGAGGAGAUGCUGUGGGAGUGCAAGCAGCUCGGGGCUCACUCCCCUUCCACCUUGCUGACCACCCUCAUGUUCUUUAAUACCAAGUACUUCCUUUUGAAGACAGUGGACCAGCACAUGAAGCUGGCCUUCUCCAAGGUCUUGCGACAGACGAAGAAGAACCCCUCCAAUCCUAAAGAUAAAAGCACGAGUAUUCGGUACCUGAAGGCACUUGGCAUACACCAGACUGGCCAGAAAGUUACAGAUGACAUGUAUGCAGAACAGACGGAAAAUCCAGAGAAUCCACUGAGAUGUCCCAUCAAGCUCUACGAUUUCUACCUCUUUAAAUGUCCCCAGAGUGUGAAAGGCCGGAAUGACACCUUUUACCUGACACCUGAGCCAGUGGUGGCCCCCAACAGUCCAAUCUGGUACUCGGUCCAGCCUAUCAGCAGAGAGCAGAUGGGACAGAUGCUGACUCGGAUCCUGGUGAUACGAGAAAUUCAGGAGGCCAUUGCAGUGGCCAGCGCCAGCACCAUUCACUGAGAUCCGUUAGCCGUGGUGCAAGGAAGAGCAUCCAGGAAAACAUGGACUGACUUUCACACUAAAGAAGAGGCCUCCAUUUUUUCUUUUCCUUUUUUAUUGGUGUAGUUAUGAAGCCGUUGGGACUGCUCCUGUUUAAAAUAUUAAAAGGAAACUUUGGCCCCUGUGCAUCUUCGUAAAUCUGCUGUGGCAGACUCCUCGGCCCAUGGGGGCUCUGGGUUUCCUGAGAGCCAGGCGUCCUGGAAAGUUGCUGGCUGACUUUUU